UUUCAGCUCAGAGGGGCACAUGUAAUCAGUUUGAAUCGCGCAAUCGUCCCGAUGGGGUUUCUGCUCCCAGUUAACAAAAUGUACGUCGGCUUGAAGAUUGCUUCCGUUCUGGCGGCUGUUCUCGGUGUGAUCGCUGGGUCACCCUGUCCCAAAAUAUUCACCUAUGAGCAACAUCCCACCGGACAAUACUAUGGCUAUCUUACGAUUCCCAACCUGCGGACUGCUGGCUCGACGGCGCAAUUGGCGGUUCAACUAUCAACAGCAGCAAACCUGGGUUCCCGCUCCGGCAACUUGCAGCCGAUGCGUCCGAUGACCGAAAUAAUGACGCACAUUGCCGAAGGAUAUGAUGCAGAAUUUAUGAUAAAUUUUCCGAGCCAAAAUCCGCUGCCCUAUCUGUUGAGUGUCAGCGUCAAUGGGUUACAAAUUUGUCGUGGCUCCCCUGCUAAGGGAUCUUACGUGACCACCUCUAAUUUGUUUUACACUCUGAAUAUCUGGGUUCCCCCAGGUGUAAGCCAUUCGAUCUCGAACACUGGCAUCGUAAAUGGAGUAGAAGGGCACAGUGUACAGAGAUUUAGCGAAAGCAGCAGGUGGACUGACGAUGGAUUCGGUGGCGUCUACUCGAGUUCGUACAAUGUUACAAGAACAAUCAGUUCUGGACCGCUGAUUGAGAUUAGUGAAGAAGAAACUGACGAGGACUCCUUCCGGAACGUAAGACCAACACCCCGAAGUACCACCAGUGUUCCCCGUCCUGUUCGCCCAACCUCAAGGGUUCGUACGACCGUACCAAACCUCAGGCCUACAAAAGGAACAACAACUACUACAACGCCGACGACGACAACAUCAACAACAGCGAAACCGACUAGAGCUGUCGUCAAACAAUACUCCUGCGGUUUACCAGUGCUGAGCCGACUGCAGCAUAUGUCGAUCGGUGGUACGGACGCCAAGCGAGGCCAUUAUCCGUGGAUGGCUCCGCUAUUCGAUCAGGACGACGUGGAUGAUCCGAAAUUCAUUUGCGGUAGCUCCAUCAUCAACAAGAAGUACCUCAUCACAGCAGCGCACUGUGUGAUGGAUCAAAUGGACGAUUUUCUACCACCGGAACGGAUCCUCGCCAUCCCCGGAAUGCACAACCUGGACGAUUUUAUGGACCCUAACGUUGUGUUUAGUAGCCUGCAAAGCAUCACGGUGAACGACGGCUACGUAUCCGACGAUCUGAACGAUGCGGACGUAGCUCUGCUGCGGCUGAAAAAUGAGCUCAAAUUUACGGACUACAUUAUUCCGGUGUGUGUUUGGAAUCAGGAAAGUGAUCUGGACAAGGUUGUCGGCCUCGAGGGAACAACUGCUGGAUGGGGGUUGACUGAAAAUGGGCAAACGAAAACGCCAACCUCCAUCAAUUCAUUCAUAGUCAGUCGGCAGGACUGCAAUCAAAAUCUAGACCGUGCCUACGCAUACAAUGCCAAAAUAUUCUGCGCCGAUGGUCGUGGAACGGUGCCGUGCCGCGGCGAUUCCGGAAGUGGCAUGGUCAUCAAACGAGGCAAUCAGUUCUUCCUGCGGGGAGUUGUUUCGAAGGGAUUGCUCGACCGGGACACGCUGAAGUGCGAUACGACCAAGCACGCCGUAUACACCGAUAUUGCCAAGUUUCGCCACUGGAUGAAACUUAACAUAGAAAACUGAUCAUGUGUUAUGGCAUUGUAAAUAAUUUAUUUAGACAAAUAGGAAACGUAUCUUGUAGAACAAAAUAAAGUCAUUCAUUGGUGUUGUAGUUUUAUUGGUUA